AGGCAGGAUAUUUACGAUGCCGUGAGUGUUCGUGAGUGCCAGAUGUCGUUGUUGGUUAGAUAACCUCAUCAGCAUCUCAACCUCGCCUCGUUGUCACGAUCCCCAUCUCCAAGAUGGAUGACACUCUCAAGGGCUCGCCGUCCCCAGUUCACACAAUGAAGGGCGACGGAGAUCAUGAACUCAAGGACUACGAGUUUUCUGAAGCUGAUGUAGCUGCUCUCGAAGGCACAGUCUGGAGAAAAUUAGAUAGAUGGGUGCUGCCAAUAUGCACGGUAUUCUACCUGUUGUCUUUCCUGGAUCGUAGCAAUGUCUCCAAUGCUCGGGUUGCGGGUAUGCAGGUAGACUUGAAAAUGUCAAACUAUGAGUAUAGUGUUGCUCUGACAGUCACAUACGUGCCAUAUAUCGUAGCAGAGUUUCCUUCAAACCUACUUCUCAAGUACGUUGGACCGGAUCUCAUGCUGCCCGCAAUGGUAGCACUUUGGGGCAUCGUUUCCACCCUACAAGGUGUUGUUCACAAUUACUCUGGCCUGCUUGCUUGUCGAUUCUUCCUCGGUCUCAUGGAAGGUGGCCUAUUCCCCGGACUGGUGCUGUACCUGUCUUUCUUUUAUCCAAGAGAAAGACUGCAAAUAAGAGUGGCUACAUUCUUCGCAUCUGCCUCCCUGUCAGGUGCUUUCUCAGGUUUACUCGCCGCCGCCAUCAUGGAUAUCAACGGAAAGGGAGGAAAACCUGGUUGGGCAUGGAUCUUUAUCCUCGAAGGCAUCUUUACGUUCCUUUUUGGAUUGAUUGCGUUCUUUGUUCUACCGCGGUCUCCGCAGAAAGCACGCUUCUUCACUGAACAAGAGCGAGCUUAUGUUUUAGCCAGGCUAAGGCGCGAUGGUGCCGUUUCAGGUGACGAUAGCGCGGACCGCUUUAGUUGGGCAGAAGUCGGAAGAUCAUUCAAGCAGCCCCAUGUUGGGCUUCUCGCAGUCGCUCUUUUCUUUAAUGGGACAACUCUUUAUGGACUCGCUUAUUUUGCUCCCACUAUCGUGGAAGGACUUGGGUAUACUUCUACACGUGCUCAACUGAUGAGUGUUCCUCCCUUUGCCGCUGCUUUCGUUUGUUCUAUGGUGUCUGCCGUCAUCUCCGACAGAUAUCACUGCCGUGGAUAUACGUCUAUAUUCUUUUCUUUAUGCUGUCUUAUUGGUUUUUCAAUGUUCCUCGGCAGCCAAUCUAAUCAUAUUCGUUACGGGUCUCUCUUUCUAUCAAUCACCGGAACCUACUGUGCAGCUCCCGCGAUGUCAACAUGGAUAACUAACAACAGUGCUCCACACGUCAGGCGAGCAACUUCUGUGGCAAUCGGCUUCAUCAUGACCAACUCGGGUGGUAUCCUCGCCACCUGGCUCCUGGGUUCCUUAUCACCUGCACCUAAUUACCACAAAGCUACUAUCACCUUUGUAAUUAUGUCGGUGGGCAUGAUUGUGUUUUGCGCACUCAAUCUGGCCUACCUUUGGCGACAAAAUCAGCUCAAAGUAAAGAAGCAGGAGACGAUGUCAAGGGAAGACGAACCCGCAGGGCUUGGCAACGAUAGUGCUUGGUUCAUAUAUAAUUUAUAGUUUAGAACUUGGAAACAGCUAGGAAAGAUCAGUUACAUCAUGAUUCAGAGUUUAUCGGACUGCAAAGACGUUUAGACAUUUUUACGAGCAUGUACAUUUUAAUUACCGUAUACUCGGACUCGGGAUAGUUCGCACAGCGUUCAUCUAUUGAUUGCACGACCUCUAUCUAACUGAAAUGGAACUGACAGCGCGCUAUAAACACAACCAUAAUACCCAUAUAAAGAAGGCACAAAAAAAGUAAUGUAAAUGCCGAUGAAACGUAUAGUUGGCGUUGGCGUCGACGGACCACCAGGAAAUCGUAAAGAUCUAUUGCCCUCAGGGCCUCUCUCGUAACUUCAAGCCGCAGACGCCAAAGAUGCCAACAAGAAAAAACAACGGGGUUGACUCGCAACAAAACCACACAUCAAUGUGCAACGGCGGGGAAAGAAAAUGAAACAAAUCAAGGAAGAGGCAAUGCAAUCUAGUUGAGGAAUUUCCAAGUACUCGGGACCAUACCCGUAUUCAGGUCGGCGAGUUGUUGGAAGGCACCCACAGAAAGAUCGAUGGAGUUCCCGUUUUCACACGUAGGACAGUCGUCUGCAACAGUCACGGUAACGGACUGGCCGUUUUGAGUGUUGGUGAUCUGAAUUUGCUGACCGCAGAGCGGAGACACAGCGCCAGAGUCGCCGUAACGGUCUUGGU